AUGAGGCCUUUGGCGGUGGGCAGGGCACGGGCCCUGCCCUUAGGGGCGCCUGCCUGCCAGGACACCCGGCCUCUCCCCUCCUACUGGGCCCCUGGGAGCCGCUUCCUUCUGCUGGCGUUGCUGGUUUCCAUUGAACAAAUCUCGGGAUCGCUUCUUGAGGAGACCACUCGGAAGUGGGUGCAGUACAGAGAGAAGUGUCUAACAGACUUACUCAAGGCACCUACUGGUGUUUUCUGCAAUGGGACAUUUGAUCAGUUUGUGUGUUGGCCUCAUUCUGCUCCCGGAAAUGUCUCUGUUCCCUGCCCUUCAUAUUUACCCUGGUGGAGUGAAGAGAGCACAAGAAGGGCCUACAGACGCUGCUCAGCUCAAGGCACUUGGCUGAAGCGAGAGAAUGGCACAGGUAUCUGGCAGGAUGACUCAGAGUGCUCCGAGGACCACAAAGCCAAGCAAGACGAGGAUCACUGGAAUUUGCUGUUCAUCUUGAGGCAGAUCUAUACCGUGGGAUACUCCCUGUCUCUCAUCUCCCUCUUCCUGGCGCUCACCCUCUUCCUGGUAUUUAGAAAACUCCACUGCACACGCAACUACAUUCACAUGAACCUGUUUGCUUCCUUCAUCCUGAGAGCCAUGGCUGUUCUGGUGAGGGACAUCGUCAUCCACAGACUUCAUUCCAAGAAGCCCGACACAGAGGAUGGUUGGAUGUCCUAUAUGUCAGAGAUGUCUACCUCCUGCCGCUCCGUCCAGGUCCUCCUGCACUACUUCGUGGGUGCCAAUCAGCUGUGGCUGCUGGUGGAAGGUCUUUACCUUCACGGACUGCUGGAGCCCACUGUGCUUUCUGAGAGGCGGCUGUGGCCUCGAUACCUGUUGGUGGGUUGGGUUUUACCGGUGCUGUUUGUGAUUCCUUGGGGCUUUGCACGUGCAUACCUGGAGAACACAAGUUGCUGGGCAGACAAUGAGAAUAAGAAAAUCUGGUGGAUCAUCCGAGGACCCCUGCUGCUGUGUGUAGCGGUCAACUUCUUCAUCUUCCUGAAAAUUCUCAAGCUUCUCAUUUCUAAGCUCAAAGCCCAUCAGAUGUGUUUCAGAGAUUAUAAAUACAGAUUGGCAAAAUCAACGCUGGUCCUGAUUCCUUUGUUGGGUGUCCAUGAGGUAAUCUUCUCUUUCAUCACUGAUGAUCAAGUUGAAAGAUCUUCCAAGCGGAUACGCCUCUUCUUUCAGUUGCCAUUGAGCUCCUUCCAGGGAUUCCUGGUGGCCCUGCAGUACUGUUUCUUCAAUGGAGAGGUGAAGGCUGAGCUACGGAGGCACUGGUUCCGCUUCCUGCUGGCCCGUCACUCCGGCUGCAGAGCCUGCGUCCUGGGGAAGAACUUCCACUUCCUGGGGAAAUGUCCCCAGAAGCUCUCAGAGGGAGACGGUGCUGACACGCUUCAGACGUUGCAGUCCUCACCUGACAACUUGCACUCGGCCAUGCGGGGUCCGGGGACACCAGCUGCCAGGCCCCAUCGGGGCCAUACUCCCUGGCCCCGGGCCAGCAGCCUGUCGGAGAGCAGCGAGGGGGACUUCACCCUGGCUAACACCAUGGAGGAGAUUCUGGAAGAGAGUGAGAUCUAG